AUCAGAUUUAUAAUAGUGGAUCAAUAUUCACUUGUAUUUAUAGAAAAGAUUUACAUUUUAUAGUCGUAAGUCGUAACACUUUCUUGAGGGACAGAAGGCUUCCCAAAGUCCGUGCCGACAUUACGGGGGUUUGUACUUUGUAGAUAUCCUUCAAGACUCAGAGUUCAGGGAGAUAUCAAAUACAGGCAGACUUCAAGACUCUAGAGAGAGAAACCUUGACUCACGAACAAGAGCGAAAGAAAAUACUAUCUAAAUCAAUGGAGGACGAUCAGAACACAAACCUGGAAACUGCACGAGCAGACCGAUCGGUGUGGCUGAUGAAGUGCCCCCUCGUUGUGGCUAAAUCAUGGCAAGCUAUUCCGCCCGAUUCUCAACAAAACCUCUCUAAGGUCGUCGUUUCUCUCGAUCCUCUCCAUCCCGAAGAUCCGUCUUCGCUUCAGUUCUCAAUGGAGAUGGCUGGUGGUGAGAUUGCAAAUGUGCCAAAGAGCUAUUCUUUAAAUAUGUUCAAGGAUUUUGUUCCUAUGUGCAUUUUUUCUGAAGCAAACCAAGGGAAGGUUGCUAUGGAAGGGAAAGUUGAGCAUAAGUUUGACAUGAAACCCCAUAACAAGAACAUGGAGGAAUACAGAAAGAUGUGUCGUGAAAGAACAAAUAAAUCAAUGGUUAAGAAUAGACAGAUACAGGUGAUUGAUAAUGACCGAGGUAUGCAUAUGAGGCCUAUGCCUGGAAUGAUUGGCUUGAUUUCUACUAAUUCUAAGGAAAAGAAGAAGGCUACUGCUCCAGUGAAAGGGCCAGAAGUUAAGAGAACAAGAAGGGAUCGUGGAGAACUUGAAGAUAUCAUGUUUAAGCUUUUUGAAAGACAGCCUAAUUGGGCUUUAAAACAGUUGGUCAUAGAGACAGAUCAGCCAGCUCAAUUCUUGAAAGAGAUAUUGAACGAUUUGUGUGUGUACAAUAAACGGGGAACCAAUCAAGGAACGUAUGAGCUGAAGCCAGAGUAUAAGAAAUCCAUUGAGGAUGCAGAUGCUGAAUAAACUCAUAAAUAAACCAAUGGGGAUCCAAACAGACUUUUUCUUUGUUCUAACUGAAACCAAACUUGUAACAAGUCUUAUAUCGUGCAAGAAAUGAAAGAGACAUAUAUUGCUACAUGCUUUUGCAUAUAUGAUCUUGAAUUGUUUGUGCAAUCCUGGUUUUGGUGUCUUUCGGUUGUUGAACAUAAAGCUCUCGUUUAUGGAAACCGAACCAUUAAUUGAAUGUCUGGGCUUUAUUCGAUUGUUUGCAUGCACAACUAGUUUUAUGAAGACAUCUUUUGAUUUGGAAGUUACAAAUGUGAAGUCAAGUGCCUCACAGUGUUUGAUAACAUGUAUCCUACUUAGAAUAGUGAUUGCUUCUUGUAAGAUAUAUUUGGAGUUCAUGAUUGUUUAUUUAAAAUAGCCCUUAUGUAAUAUAUUGCUACUUAUAUAUGAUACACUAACACUUCUAUGUGGAUGGAGGCUUAGUGAAAAUAAACUAUAAAAUGGAAAGUGUCAAGCUAUGUGUGUCUUUGAUACGAUGUAAAAUAUAUAUGGAGUUCUUAGUGUUAGUAUAUCAUAUA